GCGUGCACACGACAUAAGAAAGAAUUGGGAUUUUAUAUUACAAGACGAAGACAAAAUGAUGUUUAUAUUUAUCGCUUUGACUGUUCUUCAUUUCAACAUAUUUGCAGAAGCUCAAUUUGGGCCUAUGGGGAAUUUUCGUAUGUGUAGACAGGACAGUGAUUGUACUUCUUUGUGUCACCACCAAGCACACUGUUCGCAUGGUCACUGUGACUGUUUGGCUAUGACACAUAUCUGUUCAUCUGAUAAUGACUGUAGCAGCCAUUGCCACCACGGAGAACAUCCUCAUUGCUCACAUUACGGAGGGAUGUCUUCUUGUCAUUGUUAUGAAUGUUUAACAGAUAAUGAGUGUGUUUGCCAACUUGGGGAGACAGGAGUGUGUCAUAAAGGAUUCACCUUUGGUGUCUUCCGAACUCAUUACUGCCAAUGUCUGGUUCAAAGUACAACUACUAAAGCUUCUACCACCACUUCCACUACAACCAUUUCCACGACCUUACCGUUGGUUCCUUUGGAAUGUAAGCACCACAAGAUCAGUAUUAUCGCAUCCAUCGCAGAAAAUGUACAUGUCGAGGACAACAGAGCAGCACUUUGCCCCAGUAAUAAUAAACACCAAUCAUCUGACGCCUACGUCAUCAACAAAUGUAACUCCACGGAAAGGACUUCCUGGAUGCGGGGUUUAUCGGUAAAAUCUUCCUGUAAAAGUAUUCAGCCGUACACGCCUGUUGCAACUUUCUUCCAAAAUAGUAAUGAUUUAGCAGGGUUUCUCAUUGGUUGUACUAAUUCUGGAGAUGGCUUUGAGAUUGCUGCCCAGACAUGUAGUGAGCCCCCAAUGAUCUUUACCCUGAAUGGAACAACCACUCCUCGUAUGUCGGAUUUCUACACCAUACAGCAGUGGAAACCAAUGUAACGGAUUUUCUUUGUAUUUUAAAUACAUUCUUGUCUUUU